AUGCCAAAAUGCGAUAAGGCAAAAACACUGUACGGCUUGGGGUUUUCCGCCGUUUUCACUCUCGGUCUCGGCAUUGUUUUACUCUGCACGGGAUAUUGGAAAUCAGACGCCGAUCAGAAGGUUAUUUCCUACGUCUACCUAGCGGGCAGUGCCGUCUUUUUUGGCAUAAUUCUCCUCAGGUUGUGUAUGAUGAGCGACAACCCUUGCGUUAAAAAGAUUCUGAUUGGACUACAUUUACGCGAUGAUAGAAAUCAGCUGGACGAGUUGGCAGUACGGCAUGCUAGUGAGAUACUUCGUCAGCAGUGCAAUACACAUGGACACAGAGCUGCGGUACAAAUUGUAGUACAUACAGGGCGCCAACUACCGCCCCACCAACAACCAGUUUGCUCCGCUCGACGAGACAACCUAGAGGAAGCCCCACCCCCAUACGAGUCAGUAGUGAACAAGAUGGGCGGAGAGGAUGGCGUCUGUUCUUCUCAAAUCCCGCUCUCAGACUUUCAAUUACCACCGGAAGACGAGAUUAAAGAAGGACUGCCCACGUAUGAAGAAGUCAUUAGAAAUGCCAUGUCUGCUGUCAACUAGCUCACUUACUAUUAUUAGUUUAUUGCAUCGUAUGUUAUUGAUAUUAUGA